CUUCCGCCUGUGCUCGCGAUCGCGUCUUUGCGCUCUUCGCGAUCACCGUUCGUAUAAAACAACAUCCUCGGUCGCGGUUGCGUUCCAUUCGCGCACUUGACUUCCGAACAGAUCGUGGUUCGCGUGUUCUUCUGAUUGAGUGUGUGUAUUUGUGCUGGGUUCUUUUUCUGUACAUUUGAACAGAGAAUUUAUUCGAUCGCUGCUAAAUUUGUGAGCUGCAGUGUAAUUAAGCAAAAUGAAGUUUCUCAUACUGUGCACGUUAGUAGCUGGUGCCGCUGCAGGAUACUCCAGCUCGAACUAUCGGGACGGAAAAGCGACAGGUCUCUAUAAUCAAGUCUCCGUUGGAACCGAUUAUGCUGACAAGUUCCCCCAUGGUAACACAGGUUAUAACGGCGGCUACACGACACACUUCACUACACCGAACGGUGCUGGUGUGGCGGUCGGUGCCGGCACCGGUAGCUUUGGGCCCGGAUUUGGCGGCUACCCCAGCCCGACGGUUGACUUCAGCAACUUCUUCCAGGGCAUUCAGGCGAACUUUGCCAACUUGUACCAACAGCAGUUUGCUCUGCAGCAGGCUCUGUUCCAGCAGCAGCAGGCCGCCUUUAAUGGUGCGUUCGGAGCUGGCGGUUUCGCAGGUGCCGGUGCUGGGGCUGGCGCUUUCCCAGUGUACGGACCCGGCUUUGCCGGUGGUAGCAACUACGUGAACACACGUUAUCCCGCCGGUAACUUUGGUUCGCCGAAUGUGGCCAGCUCUUCUGCCUCCUUUGGACCGGGUGGAUUCCAUCAGACGGCUUCGAUCUAUCCAAACAAUCCGGCUGUACCCAAUGUGGACACUCGCUUCGGAGGAUCGGAACAGUCGACCAGCUUCCAGAAUGGCAAACCAGGAUUCGUCGGUGUGUCCAGCUUCUCGUCCUCCUCCAACAUCAAUGGCCAGACGCACCGUGAAGCAGUAACGACGGUGAACGAUAAUGGCAAAGUGACGACCCAUCGUGUACACUCCUAAACUGCGUCUUACGCAUCACCGACCGACAUGCGACAUGCCCAACGUUCACAACGAAACGCCUAAACAUUGCGAAACGGGACUGGAAGUAGAUUUAGAGUAAACAAUCACCACUACCCCCUGAGUGUGCUGCUUCCUGCAGGGGUGCGCAUUAAAUCACAAACAGAAAACAGAAACCUUCUCAGGAUCGGACGGAGCGUGUUGCGAAUGCUGCUGUGGCUGUGCACGAGGAGUAGCGAGGAAGCUCGUAGCGAUAGUCCACCGGACAAUAAACGUGUGUUGCGAUCAAGGCGUACUUACGGCUAACAAUUUUAUUUUUAAUACAUUUUGGAACCUUUUUAUUAAUAAUUUAAUGCAUUCGCCGCUGUACGGUGGCUUUGCGAAUAAAGCAGAAGAGAUAUAA